GGCGGGCGGCUAAAGGAAUAUCUGGGAAUUUUCUGUUAAAAAGGAAUUUUCGUACAAAAUAAAGAAUAUCGAGAACCGUUAUUCCAACCAAGAAAACCUCCAGAUUUUAUAGGAUAGAUAUAAAGUUCGUCUCAUAUCGAAGGAGUGAAGUUUGUGAAGUAUAACAAUGAAAAUAUUAGCAGUUGUAUUGAUGUUGUUGGCGUGUUGUUAUUGUUGCUGUUAUUGCCUGGAAGGGAAUGAACUGUUGUUGGAAGACUCUAGAGCCAAGAAGAAGAAGAGUUCUCUGAAAAUAUGGGCCAUGAUCCUUCUACUAGUGUUCUCUAAAGUGGCUGCAAUCAAAGUGGCUACUUUCUUCAUGUUCCUGGCGUUCUUUCAAAAGCUGUUUUACCUCGUCGGCAUAGUCCUCAACUACUUCCUGAAGAGUAGGAUCAUGGCCCCAAAGCCUCAGCCAGUGUAUGGGGCCCCCCAGGACUACAACACCCUGGGCUACAGCUACGGACCCCCUGAAGAUACGUACGCAGCCCCUGAGAAUUCCCUACCGGCCGUGUCUGAUAUAGGGGGGUCAUUAAAUUGGUUAUUUAAUAAGAAUCAUUAGUAUUAUUUAGGUUACUUCAUAGUCGUAUUCCUCAUGGCUGAGGGUCGUCGUCAUUACGUGGAAUGAAACACACACAACAACUUUGUUAGCAUUAUUAAUGGAGUGGUUUGCCAUUGCCUUCUUCAUUUUAACACAUAAGUUAAUAAUACUCAACUAGUGUGGUUUCCUCACGAUGUUUUCCUUCACCGGAAGCAAUAGUGGUGGUCUAUGAAAACUAUUAUACAUGAGUCAGAUUGAUAUACAAACUCAUAUGGCAUGAGUAGGAUUCGAGCCUGGGACCUUUCGAUCCACAGGCGGGCGUCUUAACCAUUACACCACCACCGCUUCAUUGUUAUUUAGGUUACGUAAUUAAAUUAAAUUAUGUAUUUAUUCUGUUAAAUUAAAUUAUGUUUUAUUUCUCUCUCGCUCAUCUUCGCAUGUUUCCGAUUUCAUUCGGAGCUGUAACGACACGAGGCCAAUAGGAUUAGCGUAAAAAAAUUGCCGCUGAAUUUGGAAGAUUUGGCUACGCCAUAGACUUUGUGUCCCUUAGUCGCCUCGUACGACAUCCACGGAAAGAUAUGGAUAGUUCCUAUUCUAGGACGGAACCACACGGCACUUUAUCUGCUUGUUGUAAUUUGUUUUGAAACAAGAACAAGUUUUAAAUUUAAUCUGCGCCUUGGUAUUUUUAAUCGUCGACGACAGAAUGAUAGUUAGAACUUUAAUGUGUCUGUGUAUCUUAUGUCUGUAUUUUAGCAGCUAAACGGCUGAACCGAUUUUAAUCUAGUAUUUUGUAUUUGAAAGAGAAUUUAAUCGAAAUUGUUCUUUGCUAUAUUUGAAAAAUGUGCGUUCAGCCGUAUGGAAAUUGUCAGCUCUUUUCUAGCAGAUGAGGGCAUGCCAGCGAAUCCGAGAUUAUUAAAUUUUAUAGAUUUUAUGUUAAAAAUAAAGGGCAAAUUUAAAAUUUCUUGAAGAUUUUUCAAAUACAUAAUAAAUUCUCAGUCAUGUUACGUCCAUAUCUUCAUGACAUCCGUGGAAUAAUCCUAUGAAAAUACUAUUUUAGGAGAAACUAGCAGCGCUCUCGGAUUUGCUCGG